CGUUUGUUUGUGUGAAAGAUUUCUUAUCUGGGAUCUCUGCCUUCUCUUUCUCUCUCUAGAAAAACAAAAAAAAUAUACUAACACCCACACACACUUCUUACGAGCUCUCUUCUUUUAAUUCUCUUUCUCUGUCUAAAAGUAAAGAGCUUUAGAUAGAUAGAGAGAAGGGGAAGAGUGUGUGUGGCCCCAGCAGAUCGAAAUCUCCAUUCAUUUCUUCAGUUACAUGAGGAUCUGAGCUUCUUCAAUGGUUAUACCAAACCACACCCUUUCCUGUUUCCUAGUAUUUAUUCCUUAAUAAUUGUUUUCCCUUUUUUCUCCUCGUCAAGAUUGCCCUUUUCUUUCUUCUCUGUCUGGCCUCGCUGGUGCCAGUCUAUUGUUCUCAAUUCUCCUCUUGUUUUUAGUUGCUUUAGUUCAAUGAACAAAAAAGAUUCAAUCUUGAAAAGCUCGUGAAGAGACAUGGUUCAGAGAUGUGGGGCUAAGGGAUGGGAGCCCAAGUGGACCGCAAAGACUAUGCUUCUUCUGGACGUAGUGACAUGAAGAACUUUAGUGAGGAUGCUAGCAGUAGCAAUUGGCCCCAUUCUUACGGAGACAGGUCCUUAACAAAUGGGCAAUAUUGUAACAAUGUUUUCUUGUCUCGGAGUGUAAUGGAUGCAUAUCCUGGGUAUGACAAGGAUGCAGUUAAGCAGAAAAUGCUUGAACAUGAGGCUAUCUUCAAGAAUCAGGUUAUAGAACUACACCGCCUUUACAGAAUCCAAAGGGACAUGAUGCAAGAAGUUAAAAGGAAGGAACCAAACCGGAUGUCUGUGGAGCCAUCAUCUUCGUCCAGCAUCAGAGGAUCUCAAUUUCCAUCAGAAGACGCGCGGAAGUGGCACAUGACCAGUUUACCCUUGGCACAUUCUAAUUAUUAUGCUAGAGUAUCUACGUGUAGUACUGAGAUGAUGAAUUCCCCCUCAAGUUAUGUAAAGGGAAAUAACAAUGUUCAAUUACAAAACGGGUUUUCCUCGAGAAUCGUUGAAGAAGAAGAACUGGAGGGUAGGCCAUCAAAAGUGCGUAAGAAGUUGUUUGAUCUUCAACUGCCGGCUGAUCAAUACAUAGAUACAGACGAUGAUCAACAGUUACAUGAUAGUAGUGUCAAAUUGAUUCUUGGUCGUGGUGGUGGUGAAAUUAGCGGUUCCCGGAAAGAUGCUUCAAGAAUGUCCAAUUCAUGUUUAAGGAAUGUGUUUGGGUUAGCGGAUCUGAACGAACCUGCCCAGUUUGAGGAAGCCACCACUGCUUCUGCGGUUGACUUUCUUGGUCACAGCUCUAAUAAUCCCACAGAAUCUAAAAGCCCAAAUGUCAGUAGUUCUAGACAACUAAAUCCCGUGCUUUUAGCCUCAUCAUCACGGGAAAUGAUGUGGAGUUCUCUUCAUCCUAGCUCCAAUGGGUUGAUCAGUAAUUUACCAAUGAACAGUAAGGGAAAAGAGAGACAGUGGGUCUCAUAUGGUUACGACACAGGUAACAUGAAAAACGGUUUCCCCCCUGUUUGUCAAGAUUUGGAACAGAAUAAGUUACCUAUGCCGUCCCAUCGUUAUAAUCCAGGAAUCUAUCCAAGUCCAGACAUGUGGCGAGAGAGGACAGGUUAUGGCUUUGAAAGAGGCCAUGAGAACUCUAAUUUUAGUCGUGUGGAACCACCCAUGGCGACAUCCCUCUUUUCUUCCAAUCCUACCCCAUUUGUUAGCUCUUCAGAGUUUCCCAAUAUGUGGCCUCCUGUUUCAUCUUUGGGAAAGCCAACAAAUAGCCCGACCCAAAAGUCAACAUUUUUUCAUCCAAUCCCGAUUAUGAAUUCUCAGAGCCCCGUUAUGGGGAGAGACAGGUGGAAUGGUGCUGGCAUAUCUAAUAGGGUUGUGAUGAAUACAGAUGUGGCCAAUGAUCAUCCUGUUAAGAAUGGAUUUUUUUGCCAUGGGUCUUCUUCAUCCAUGUCAAGGGGAGAGCCCUCUGCUCGUUUCCAACCACUUGCUUUUGAUUGUCUGAACUUCAACAAGGGUGACAAUGUAUUGCCUGAACCGUCUACUGCUAUUCUUCAUCAACACGAGAGGAGGUUUCUUGCUGUUUCCAACUCGACAGAUUCAAAGUCUGCAAAAGGUUUUGAUCUGAAUGUUAUGAAUGAUCCCAUCAGUCCGAGAGAUGAGGAGUUGGUUGGUGGUAGUAGUAGUACGAGAAAGGUUGAAGACAUUGUACCUUCAUUGCCUUGGCUUAGAGCUACUAAGCCCUCAAGUAGUGGUUCCAGAAAGGAGGAAUCGUCUGUUCUUGUUUCUACUUCUGCAUCCAUUAUUCAACCAUCACCUGAUGAACAUAAUAGGAGGGAUGAGAAGAAGAAGAACAUUAUGAUCGAUAUAAACAUGGCAUGGGAUCUGUCAAGUGAUGAUCUGGAGAAGGGAGUGGAUGGCCCAAAAGCUACUACUAGUAUCAGAAAUGACAUCGAUUUGAAUUUCUGUGCUCCUGAUGAAGAAGAAGAUCGUGUGGGACCCUCUGGUGUAACUUGUAAUAAUAAUGGUAGAACAAAUGCAGGUCGAGAGAUCGAUUUGGAAGCUCCGGCUGUUUUAGAUAGUGAUGAAGAUGAUGAGCAUGUGGAAGAUAAUAAUCUACCUCCGAGAGAGGAGAAGCGUAUGGAUGAAGAUGAAAGUAUUGCAGCAGAAGCAAUACUUUCCAUCUCAUUGUUAGGUGAUGAUGACCCAUCAGAAGAUCCUUUGGGAAAAGCGCUUCAUUGGUUUGCUGAUUGUGUCUUCUCUUGUACUGAUGAUGUCAUCAAAGACAAGCCUGAUGAUAAAGAAUUUUUCCAGGAAAUGGAUAUUUUUGAGGCAAUGACAUUGCAAUUAACAGAAACCAAGGAAGAGGACUACAUGCCAAAGCCAUUCAUUCCAGAGUUCCAGUACGUGGACAACAAUGUGGGUCCAACUUCCAUUCUUAAUCGACCUCGAAGGGGUCAGGCAAGGAGAGGAAGGCAGCGGAGGGACUUCCAGAGGGACAUCCUUCCCGGGUUGUCUUCCUUGUCAAGGCAUGAAUUGACAGAAGACCUACAGACAUUCGGAGGACUAAUGAGAGCGACGGGCCAUGCUUGGACUUCUCCAUUGGCAAUGAGAAGGAAUGGGGCCCGAAAUGGCGGUGGGGCCAGGGGAAGACGACGAGCAGUGGCUGCUGCUGCCAUUGACGCCGGACAGCCAUUACCACCACCACCACCACCACCUGCGGUUCCAAGCAGCUCACCGGGAACUACUCUAACGCAGCAAUUUAAUAAUAUUGAAGGAGUUUUGGAGGACAAGAGCCUAACGGGAUGGGGAAAGACAAGACGACCCAGGAGGCAAAGGUAUCCUGCUGGUAAUCCUACUCCUGCUUUCCCAUUAACACCUUGAGAGAGUGAAGAGGCUGCAACUUAUAGUCCACCAUUUAUAUCUUUUAUAUAUACUAUAUAUAGAGAGAGUGAGAGAGACAGAGAGAGGAUGAUAUUAAGCGACUAAUAGGUACUUUUUUUGUUACUUGCCGGGAGUUGAUAUUGUGUUAAGAAGCUGUGGGAUUUGUUCAUUGUACAUUCUUUGUGCCAUAAUUCUGUGCUUCCAUGGCUGUUCAUGUCUUUUGGUUGGUAACGAACUGAGUAGUCAGGAAUAAUGCUGCCUGAUGAUGCCUUCUGAAUUUAUACAGCAUUGUUUCAAAUAUAUGCGGGCUUCUUUGAAUUUACUCCACUCUUUUACAGAAGUUAACCUGCUCCUAU